CAUCGUGAUUCAUUCUUGCCUCCUGAACCCGCUUUGUUGCUUUUCUUAAUAUCUCCAUAUGUUUAUUUCCAAGAUCAUCAAAUUUACGAUAUGCUUCUUCUGGCGAAGUUUGUUGCGUAAUUAAUGCAUCCAAAAAAUCAUAUAAAUACUGAAAAUGAUUUAAUAUUUGAUACUACUACUUAUGUGUAACAGUGUUAGUAUAAAGAGUAUCCAUAUGUCAUCUUCAAUUCUUUUCCACCCCCAAAGUAUUCGUGCUUGUUACAGUCCUGUACUUAAACAACUAGGUAUUCUUAACCUUUGCGUUAUGUUUUCUUGACGCUGAUUUAUAUUUUAACAUUGAUUAUUGUUUCAAUACAAUAAAACAAUCAUACAGAUUACAAGCAAACAUGUUUUUGUAAAUUACUUAAAAAUGGUCAAUUGCAAAUUAAAUCAAAUAUUUCUUGGAGAAAUUGCAUCUGUACAAAAUUAUGGUGCUUUCAUUAGAAUUCCUGGUUGUGCAUUGCAGGGAUUAAUACACAAAUCACAGGUAAGCUCUACUCGUGUCGACAAUGUUACAGAGGUUUUGCAAAGGGGAGAACGCGUGUGGUGUAAAAUCAUUUCUGUCGGAGAUGAUGGUAAAAUAGGGUUAUCUAUGAAAUAUGUAAAUCAAGGGAAUGGUACAGACUUAGAUCCUAAUGGGAUAGAAUUACAAAGAGAUUCUCAGAAAAAGAAAGUUGUUGGCAAAUAUGAACGUAAAGCGAUACAUUUAGAAGCAGUUCUUAAUACGACAUGUGCAAAAUGUGGAACAGCUGGUCAUUUAUCUAAUGAUUGUUUUAUGUCUCCCGAUGGGAAGAAAUAUGAAUUGAUUCCAGAAAUCGAAGAGGAAGUUGUUCAACAACCAAUCGAAGAAACUGAAAAGGAUAAAAAGCAUAAACAAAAAAAGGUAAAGAGAAAACAUAAACUUAAGAAAAGUAAGCAAAACACAGAUAAUAGUGAUUCAGAUGAGAAAGAAGUCACAAAGAAGAAGAAGAAGAAACAUUCCAAAGAUCAAAAAAGAAAGAAGAAAAGGAAACACGAUAGUUCCUUUAGUGAUGAAAAUUCAAGUGACAGUUCUUCUAGUCAUAAUGUAAAAGCUCAUAAACGAAAACGUUCAGAAAGUUCGGAAAAACGUACAAAAAAAUGUAAACACUCAAAGAGUAAAUAUCCAGAUCGAUGAGAUACAAUAUAAAACCUACAAAAUUGAAGACUACUUUGUAUGUACUUUUUACAAUUCCUUCGAUCACUGAAAUAUUUGUAGUAUGCGAAUUGUGACUGAUACACUUGUAAUACAUAUAAUAUUGCGAUAAUAAAAAUCAUACUUACCGGGGUUAAAUAUUUAUAGGUCAGGUGUACGUUUUCAGCUAGGACAUCAGCUGCUAAAUCAUAAUAUUGAUAUUUACAAUACAAUAACAAUAAAUUAGCAAACGUUUCAGGUGGAAAUGGAUUUUGUUGUAGUAAAAAUUGGAGUUUUUCAAAUCCCUCGCUUGGCUUUGUGUCCAUAUUUAUCAAAGCUUGAUUAUGCAAAGUAACCGCAUCAAGUUCCUCUUCAGAUCUUGGAGGCAUAUCUGUUAACGCUUCUUUUGCUGCUUCGUCUAGACACACCAAAUGAGAUUUACCGGAAAUAAGAAGUAGAUUAAGUAAUAAAGAUUUUUUGUAUAUAAUUACAAUUUUGCAAUUGAUAUUCUAUUGCAGCCUUUAAGUUAAAUGCUUCUGUUAAAGCUGUUUCAUGCAAUGUUAAUGUAUUUCCAACACUACGGACUUCUAUACCAUCUGUAGUCAUUCCUACUCCCAAUUCUGGGUGUUCCUUUAUCCCUUGUUCAAUAAUAUCAGCUAAUAUAAUAUAUAAUAAAUGUUACAUUAUCAUAAUUAAUUAAACUCAAUUAAUAAUAAUAUUACAAAUGUUACCAAUAUAUUUCAAUGAUGGAGCAUAUUCUUUCAAUUUAAAAUAACAAAGUGCUACAUUAUAUGAUAAACGAGGUUUAAAACCUGCGAUUUGUAAUGCAUUUGUAAAUUUUUUUAAAGCUUGUUCAUACUGUUCUUCCUAAAAUAAUGAUAAAAGAUAAAACAUAUGUAUAGCUUGUGUAAUCUCUUCUAAAAAAAUUUCUAUUUUUUUUUGUAAUACCUUAUAUAAAAGACACCCUAAAUUAAUUUCUGUAUCAAUAUCAUCCAUUGGACAUUGGUCAACAAGACUUUUUGCAACAACCAUAUCUUCUUGACCAUAUUUUAUAGCUGCCUG